AAUAUAAUUUGGAAAGAGCAAAUCGAGUUAAAAGAGAUUAAGAGAUUUGAAGAAAUAUAGAGCUAAAAUAUUUGAUUAAAUUUCUAUGGAAUUCCUUUUAGCUUACUAGGAAAUUCCGGAAGUUAAGUAAGGAAAGAGGAAAGUCGCCAUUUUGUGCUCAUUGAGGAGGAUAAAGACUUCGUGAAUGACGGCUUGAUUCAAGCCGAGUAAUAUUUGUGUAAUUAUUGUUCCUUUGUUUUUCCUUCGCCAUUUGUUCGGCUCUGCCGUGUUAAACAGCGUUGAUGAUUGGGAUUCCGCGUGACGAUCGACAUAAGAUCACGGUUAAAAUCCGCAACAAUAUGAAAAGGAGCUCUAGUCGUGACACUCCUCCGCGCGUCAAGAGAAGUAGAUCAUCAAUGGGACGGUAUGAUGAUUCUAGUGAUGAGCGAAUAACUCCUGAAAGAAUUCGUCGACGUAGUAGAGGUGCAAGAAGUCCCAGUCCUCCAACGCGUGCCUCCUCUCAUGCUCGUUACGUAGAAUCGAGCUCCCAUAGAGAUGAUUAUUUAAGAGCACCCAGAGAAUUACCACCAGAACGUCCGUACAGUUAUAAAGUGCUUUGUAUCAGUUCAAUUCACCCAAAAGCAAGUGACGAAGUGAUAAAAGAUACUCUUUAUAGAGAAUAUAAGAAGUUCGGAGAUUUUUCUAUUAGAAUUUCUCAUGAAUUAGAUGAACGUGUCGCAUAUGUUUGCUUCAGAAGUUCAGAAGAUGCUAGAGAUGCAAAGCAUGCAAAACCGAGAAUCAUUAUGUAUGACAAGGUGGCACUUGUUGAACCAGUUUAUGAAAGACCUGAUACUUACCGUCGUCCAAGAUCGAUCACGCCCCCUGAUUAUGAAAGAUACUAUGCCAGAAGUCCUGGUCCAACAGAUAGACAUAGGCCUUUAGAAAGAUAUGAAAGAGUUUAUGGACCUCCAGUUGGUUUGCCUCCACCGCAUAGAGAAAUGAGGCGCGAAGCAAUCCCUCCUCCUCAUCAUGAAUUUGUUAGGCCACCAAUUCAUCAUGGCCCACCCCAUGUUCAUCCUGGUCCACCUCAUCAUUAUGGCCCUCCAAGGCAUAUGAUGAUUCGACAUCCAGUUCAUGGAUUUGAACGCGUGGAGAAUAAAAAAGAUAAAUUUCCCAAUUAUUUACAUCAUGUUUCUCCAGAAGAUGACCCACUAGCAACAAGAACACUUUUUGCAGGGAACUUGGAGAUCAACAUUACAGAAGACGAAUUAAGACGUAUCUUUAGUAAAUAUGGAAUUGUUGAUGACAUUGACAUUAAAAGACCUCCGCCAGGUACAGGGAAUGCUUAUGCUUUUGUCAGAUUUCAGACAUUGGAUAUGGCACAUAGAUGUAAAGUUGAACUCUCUGGACAAUAUAUAGGAAAGUUCCAAUGUAAAAUUGGAUACGGGAAAGCUACACCUACCACAAGAAUUUGGGUUGGUGGUUUAGGACCAUGGACUUCUGUACCACAGCUAGAAAGAGAAUUUGAUCGAUUUGGGGCAAUAAAAAAGAUUGAUUAUAUUAAGGGCGAUAGUAACGCAUAUAUCUUAUAUGAUUCAAUUGAUGCAGCACAGGCUGCUGUAAAAGAAAUGAGAGGAUUUCCUCUAGGUGGUCCAGAUAGGAGGCUGAGAGUCGAUUUUGCAGAUGUGACUCCUGGAUUUGGAUAUAAACCAAGACCCUACCCAGAAGAAAGUGGAGAGUUUAGACCAAGACCAGUAGAUUAUGAACCUCCUUAUGAUCCUUACGGGCCAGACAGCGAUUUUGGUUAUGGACCAAGAGGAUUCCGAGGUAGAGGAUCUGCUCCUUGGCAUGAAAGAAGGGGCGGAGGAAGAGGGGGUUAUCGUGGGACAUAUCCAGAAAAUUACAUGAGAGAGGAAGCCGAUUGGUCUAGCCGCAGACCGCCUCCAGAAUUAGAGUAUGAAACACCGAGAAGCUUACGUCGAUCUUUAUCGAGAGAACCUGGUGUAGAUAGAUCAAGAUCAAGAUCUCCUCGUAGAAGGCAAAUUGACUCUGAUUCCGAUUCAGAGAAUACUCGUAGCGGAAUGCUUUCUACUUCUCGAACAUUACCUGAAGUGGCAAGGAAAUCAAUAGCAAUUUGGCAAGGAGCACUAAUCUUAAAGAAUUCUCUAUUUCCAGCUAAGUUCCAUUUAACCGAUGGUGACACAGAAAUAAUCGAGGCCUUGAUGAAAGAUGAAGAUGGAAAACAUAUGUUGAGAAUUACACAAAGAUUACGUUUAGAUCAACCAAAAUUAGAUGACGUGUCAAAGAGAAUUCAAACUUCUAGUUCACAUGCUAUUUUCCUAGGACUGGCUGGUUCAAGUACAGUUAUAUCUACAGAUGAUGCUAAUGUUCAAACCAGACCGUUACGCAACUUAGUAUCAUAUUUAAAGCAAAAGGAAGCAGCUGGUGUCAUUUCAUUGCUUAACAAAGAUACAGAGGGAACUGGGGUGCUUUAUGCAUUUCCACCUUGUACAUUCUCUACAGAACUAUUAAAACGAACCUGCCCGAGCCUCAGUGAAGAGGGACUUAAGGAGGAUCAUCUGGUAAUCGUCGUUGUUAAGGGGGGUAGUGCUUAAGUUUCCUCGAUAAUCAUAAAAAUAGAACCGAUGCAUGUAUAUACUGGCUGGAGUGUUUAGUACCAUUUCUCAUAUUAAAAAUGAGUUGCAACUUUUUAAAGAAAUACUUUAUAUUUGAAAUGUGCAAAAUUUUAGAAGAUUUAUAAUAUGAAUCUGUCUUAUGAUCUUUCUUCUCAUAAAUCACCGUAUUUGCAUCGACAAAAAAUAUUUGUUAAAGAUUGUACAUUAUAUAAUAUAGAUUGAAAUUUUGUAUUAAAAAAAAAAAAAAAAAAAAAAAAAAAAAAAAAAAAAA